GAAAUGAUAUUGAACGUAGACGUGCAGGAAAUCCAGCUCGACCAAACCAGAUGCUCGUCCCAUCCUCCAAAUCGGUGCACUGUGCGCCGGACCCCGCGUUGGCGGACUGAGCACCGUGCCAUAGGUACCACCCAGUCAACUCUUCCACCACAGCGCUACGCCUCCCGCAACACGGAUCCAGCUCCCGAGUCGCGGAUCUGCUAAGCCGCCAACAUGGCCAGUAAUGCCAGCACAUCAGCAACCUCAGCCACCCCAACCACAUCGGAAGCCGGUACCUCCCCAGUUAUCCGAAAUCGCGACGACCAUCUAUAUUGGCCGCAGAUAGCGACGAAAGAUGAAAUACCAGAGUGGCUUCGCGACAACGGCUACAUCAUCGGAGGGCAUCCAAUGCCGACGUAUUCAUACAAGCGCUCCUUUCGGCUCUGGCGUUGCCUACAUAUGGAAACGAUGAAUAUCUGGACGCAUCUCGUGGGUAGCGCAGCGUUUAUAGCGACCGGAAUCACCCUGUACAAUUAUGCCGUCUAUUCAAAAGCACUCAGUUUGACCGCUGGCGACAAAUUCGCAUUCGGAAUAUCCAUCACUUCCGCAGCCCUCUGCUUCGGUCUGAGUACCACAUUCCAUACUUUGAGGAGCCACUCAUAUCACGUCCACCAUUUCUGGGGCCGCUUGGACAUCUUCGGCAUCGCCCUACUCGCUCUCGGAGGCGGGAUGUCGGCGACGUAUUACGCCUUCUUUUGCAGUCCCACGACCCAACGCAUAUAUUGGUCCCUCAACGCAUGUGCGGCCCUCGCCGCAGCUAUCGUGCUCUUCGACACCGGCGGUGGAGGGAGUACGAUGCGCACUCUCCGUGGCGGAGUGUUCGUCGGGCUUGCACUUACUGCGAUGCUGCCUAUAUUCCAUGGUAUUGGGAAACUAGGCUGGGCGCAGGCGUGCAAGCAACUCGGCGCCCAGUGGUAUCUUACCGAAGGAUUAGUUCUUUUGUUUGGGGUUACCCUGUUCGUGGGGAGGUUGCCCGAGAGACUGAGUCCGGGGGCGUUUGAUGUCUGGGGCCAUUCGCAUCAGAUUCAUCAUAUAUGUGCCGUGGUUGCGAUGGGGCUCCAUGUUGUUGCGCUGGUGACGGGGUUUAGAUAUCGACAAGCACAUCCUCGGUGUUAGCCCAGCACGUAAUCUCCAUCCAUUUCGUAUUAUGUCAAUUAUUCAUAAUCUAUAUACAUCGCAAUUUGUACAUAUCUCAAAUAAAUGAUGUUGUGACUUUUACACAAUCCUGCUCAAGGGAAAUCUUAAUCU